CAUAAGAGACACCACAACCCUCCCCCUUCAUCUCUCAAGAAAAUUUGCAGACCCUCCAAAGGAGGAAAUCAAAAUUAAUUGGAAAAAAAAGAAAACCUUUUAGAAAUCUGCAAACUUUUUUGAAAAAUCCCUUCGUUUUUUCGCCUUGAAAUCUCAUACCCAGAUCAUAGCCUCUUCCCUUGCUCUGAUCAGACAGAAACCCACUUGCUGUUCUGGUCUCUGGAUUCUGAUUUAGAUUUGCUUGUCGUUGAUGGUUGUUGGUGAUGCAGAUGGGUUUCCAGAAAUCGUGGUUUUCUCCUUACAUAUUCAGGGCCUAGAGCUUGUUGACCGAUAACUAGACAAUCGAAGGUACUCGGGCACUUCAGAAUUCGGGCAUUGCAGAACUCGGGGCAGUGCCCGUGAUGGACGCUACGACAAGCAAAACCCCGUCUGUGCAGUAUCAUAACUUACCCGAGCAGACGAUUGCUGCCAUUGUUCCUGCUCCUGUUCCUGCUUUUCAGCGGCAAACACGCCAUUGCUUUGGAGAUGCCGCUCCCGGAGAAUUUCCCUUGGCUGCUAACCCUUCCAUUGUCCUACACGUUCUCACUGAAUGUAGAUUAGAUCCUUGUGACCUUGCCAAGCUAGAGGCAACAUGCUCAUUCUUUAGCCAGCCAGCAAACUUCGCCCCUGACUCUGAUUUAUCACUGCCAGAGCUUGCAGCUCUUGACAUGUGCAGAAAAAGGGCCAUUUUUAAGCCUAUGAAUGAAGAACAGCUCCAAGAGAUGAAACGGAAAUGCGGGGGCUCGUGGAAAUUGGUCCUACGGUUUUUGCUGGCUGGAGAAGCGUGUUCUAGACGGGAGAAAUCACAGGCAAUCGCUGGUCCGGGCCAUAGUGUUGUCGUGACGUCAAAGGGAGAGGCUUUCUCUUUCGGGUAUAAUAACUCUGGACAGCUCGGACAUGGCCACACUGAAGAACAAAUACGACCUCAGCUCGUCAGAUCGUUACAAGGCAUCCGAAUCAUCCAAGCAGCAGCUGGGGCUGGUCGGACAAUGCUAAUCAGCGACUCGGGUCAUGUUUAUGCAUGUGGAAAGGAUUCUUUUGGUGAAGCAGAAUAUGGAAGUCAAGGAGCUAAACUUGUUACAGCUCCUCAGCUGGUAGAAUCAUUGAAGCACCUAUAUAUUGUGCAAGCUGCCAUCGGGAAUUUCUUCACGGCUGUACUUUCUCGAGAAGGAAGGGUUUACACGUUUUCAUGGGGCAAUGACAGUAAACUUGGACACCAGACCGAUGCCAACGACUUGGAACCUCAGCCUUUGUUGGGGCCUUUGGAGAAUAUUCCGGUUGUGCAAAUAGUAGCCGGGUAUUGCUAUCUCCUCGCCUUGGCUUGUCAACCAACCGGCAUGUCGGUGUAUUCAGUUGGCUGUGGACUGGGAGGAAAACUUGGUCAUGGCUCGAGAACAGACGAGAAAUACCCACGACUGAUCGAGCAGUUUCAGAAUCUGAACCUUCAACCAAAGGUGGUUGCAGCCGGGGCAUGGCAUGCGGCCGUGGUGGGUCAGGACGGUAGAGUCUGCACGUGGGGAUGGGGAAGAUACGGUUGCUUAGGACAUGGGAACGAGGAAUGUGAAUCAGUUCCUAAAGUCGUGGAAGCGCUGAGACAUGUCAAAGCUGUGCAUGUCGCCACAGGAGAUUACACGACCUUCGUGGUCACCGACAACGGCGACGUUUACUCCUUUGGUUGCGGAGAAUCUGCCAGCCUCGGACAGGGAGGAGGGCAAGGCAACGUGCUGAGCCCGGCCCUGGUAACGUCGUUGAAGAACGACGAACGGGUGGUUCAGAUCAGUCUGACAAACUCGAUAUAUUGGAACGCUCACACCUUCGCUCUGACGGAAACUGGUAAGCUUUACGCGUUUGGAGCCGGGGACAAGGGUCAGCUCGGGACAGAGCUCGGUCCGAACCAGACCGAGCGUGCCGUCCCGGAAAGCUUGGACAUCGAUCUCAGCUAAGCAUUAGCUUUCAAUGGCAGCUUCUGGUUUAUGUUCAUAAUAGUUGUUGAAGACAGAAGCAAAACCAAACAAGAUAUGGUUCAAAGUUGGGGAAUUGUCAUUUGUAAAUAGGGAAAAACAUAAGUGAACAGAUGUCUUUAAAAUUUAACAUUUUGUGUGUAGUUAGACAUUUUCAUUGGCAAAGUAGAUAAUGGUGUUUAUUUCUGUUUCA